AUGAGUUCCGGGUACGGUCGGGCAGGCUCACCACCCAGGAAUCGCUAUGCUCCACCUGGUCGCACGUCCGCCAGCAGCUUCUUUUCCCCUUCCUCCUUUGAUACCUAUCCGCCAUCUACUCGCUCCACUAGGGACUACCCACCUGGGUCCCGCAUCAGUGUAGAGCGUGUAGAUGCACCAAGAGUCCUUCCCCUUCGGACCCGCAGCCCUCCACGACGUGCUGCCGAGGACGAUUACAACGUUCGCCCUCGUCCUCGAGGCACAAUACUCGAGGCUCCAAGGAUUCGAAGGCCUGUGGGCAUGGUAGUUCCGAGUUCUCCCGCUCGGAGCUCUAGGCCAAUCAUCACAAGCGCGAUCGACAGACCUCCAAGCCCUGUGACAGCAACGCGCAGAGACCGUCGAGAUGACGAUUACGAACUCUUACCUGCUUCUUCCUCCACAAGACGGCACCAUCAGCGUCACUCUUCAUUAGGUACUACAGACUCAGGCCGGCUAAUGCCUGCAGACAGAGAUCCAAGGGAAAAGAUCUAUCUGAAGUCCAAUCUGGGUCGACCAUCGGUCAGAGAACGCCAUGACGAAAACGAUCGAGACUUUGGAUUUGACAGCACGGAAGCGGCUAGAGAGCCAAGGUAUCAGGACUCUUAUCGACAGAGAUCUAGGAGAGACAGCCACAAUAGUGGUCGCCCAACGAGCAUGGUCAUACCUGAAGAUUAUAUUCCACGAUCAAAUAGGGAACCUGGUCCACCUGUAUCUACAAGGGGAUUUGAGAAUAUUGGAAGAUCUCAGAGCCUUAGACAAGGUUAUCAUGCUAAAAACGAAGAUCGGGCUCUUAGGGAUUAUGGGCGCGAUGACCGCGAAAUCAGCUAUCAUCCCAAACCCUCUCGCCCAGAGAUUGCCCUGCACCAGCCGUCCAACGGUGCAUACGCUCCAUAUCCGGAAGAAGAAUCACGAAGGCGGCUUCGCAAGCCUGGCCCUGAAGAAGAUGUGCUCGAGCUACUACCGAAAACCCGCAAGCCUGCGCCUGAGGAUGAGACUUUGGACUUGAGUGCGAAAUCUCGCAAAGUUAUACCCGAGGAUGAUGCGCUGGAGCCGCGACCAAAGCCUCGUAAAACCAUACGAGAGGAGGAGCGACAGGAGCCAAGAAUUCGCGACCCUCGCGAUGAAGAGAACGACCAAUCGCGACCAAAGUCUCGUAAACCGAUAUUGGAGGACCAGCGACUGGAACCAAGGAUUAGAGACCCUCGCGAUGAUGACCAUGAACGGGACGGUGAUGAUCGCCCUAGGAAACAUCGUCAUAGGCGCCAUCACAGAGACCAUGACCACCGCAGAGAUUAUGAUGACAGAGACGAUAGAAAUCCGAGAGUGCGUGAUGACUUCCGGGAAAAGCUAGAUAGAGCCGAGGAUAGAGGCCCAAGCAAUGGCUUGCUCGCUGGGGCUGGAGCUGCGGCCGCCGCUGCGGGAUUAGCUACUGAAGGAGUACGACGGCACCAGAACAAAGAGUCUCGAGAUGAAGAAAGCCUACCGGCGAAACAAUACCAGGACCAUCUGCGAGAACCUGAGCGUGAUCACUUGGAUACAAGCUCAGUGAGCAGUGGUCUCAGUGGUGAUACUCAAGAAAACAAGGAGGAAAGGAAGAGACGCAAGAGGCUUGAGAAGGAAGAAGAGGACCGUUUGUAUGAAGAAGCAAGAGCUGAGGAGCGCCGUGCAAAAGAGAAUGCUGAGUUGUUCGUCGGUCCCGUGGAGCCUGUGCUUCGCGAGCAAGCCUCCUACGAACGCCGCCCCGAGGAUCGAGCACCCAGACACCACCGCAGCUACACGCCUCGCCGUCACCACUCCCGUACGCGCGAUGACGAUUCCUACACAGAAUCCUCGUUCUCCUCCUCGAGCGACAGCGAAGACGACAGGAUCGAGCGCCAGCCCCGUGUCGUCACUCCCUCUAACGAAGAAAAACCGGCGCUUCCACCGGCUCCCAAGGGCAUUCUCCGUAAACCCCGCGAAAAGUUCCCCGAGCACCCCGACACAGUCCGCGAAGGUGUUGCGCCGCACAAGGAAAUGCCCAAGAAAGACGUACCGCCCAAUGCGCGUUGGACGAAGAUCAACCGGAAGCUAGUGAAUCCAGAAGCUCUAGAGCAGGAUGGGAUCAGGUUUAACGAAUAUGUGGAUCAUGUCAUUGUGCUGAAGGCGAUGGAUUUGGAGGAGAUCGAGAAAUACACGCGGAAGACAGCGGAGAUCAGAGAGAAGAGACGAUUGUUGAUGGGGCCCGAGCCGCCUAAGCCUAUCGAACCAUUCUGA